AUGAUACGUUUUCUACUCAUUCUGUUUUCCAUCUUAUUAGUGGCUGAAUUUGUUCUUGGAAAUUUUAUCAAUGGCUUCAUAGCACUGGUAAAUGUCACUGAAUGGGUCAAGAGACGAAAGAUCACCUCGGCUGAUCAAAUUCUCACUGCUUUGGCAGUCUCCAGAGUUGGUUUGCUCUGGGUAAUAUUUUUAAAUUGGUGUUCAACUGUGUUUAACCCAGAUAUGUAUAGGGUAGAUGGAAGAAUUUUUGUUUAUAAUGCUUGGGUAAUAACCCACCACUUCAGCAUCUGGUUUGCUACUAGCCUCAGCAUAUUUUAUUUGCUCAAGAUUGCCAAUUUCUCCAACCUUGUUUUUCUUCAUCUAAAGAGGAGAGCUAAGAGUGUAGUUCUGGUGAUACUGUUGGGGACUUUUGUAUUUUUGGUUUGUCAUCUUGUGGUGCUAAACAUGGAUGAGAGUAUGCGGACAAAAGAGUAUGAAGGAAAUGUGACUUGGAAGAUUAAACUGAGGAACACUGUACACUUUUCAAAUUUGACGCUAAACUCACUAGGAAACUUCAUACCAUUUACUAUGUCUCUGCUGUGCUUUUUGCUGUUAAUCUGUUCCCUGCGUAAACAUCUCAAGAAGAUGCAGCUCCAUGGCAAAGGCUCUCAAGAUUCCAGCACCAAGGUUCACAUAAAAGCUAUGCAGACUGUGAUCUCCUUCCUCUUGUUACUUAUCAUUUACUUUCUGUUCCAAAUGAUAUCAAUUUGGCAUUCUAACAGGCUGCAGAACACAGCUGCCAUCAUCCUUUUCCAAGCUAUAGGAAUCAGCUAUCCUGCAAUCCACUCAUUCAUUUUGAUUUGGGAAAACAAGAAGCUAAAGCAAAUCUUUCUUUCAGUUUUGUGGUAG